AUGCACGCCGGUCUUUCGUCCUUACUGUGCGUGGCGGCGCUUGUUCUGACAGCCGCCAUAGCCCAGCCAGCCUUUGCUGCUGCCUCCAAUCCCCCAAGCCAGGUAAUCCAAGGUAUCCCCGCUGUCAACCCGGUCAAACAGCCCUGGAUCUGGCCUCUCCCUCAGAAUUGGGAGCGUGGCUCCAACACGCUCAAGGUCUCUGAGCGUAUCCGCUUCGAGGGCAAGGGUGCUCGCCAGCCUAUCAUCUCUAAAGCCAUUAAGCGUUACCAAAACCUCAUGUUCAAGAAGGAGGACUACCCCAUGAUACCCUACAACUGGUCCACUACUGACAAUAAGCCUUCUCGUUCUUCUCUGAACACGGUCGUCAUUGAUAUCGAGACCACAGACGAUCACCUCGACAUGGACACGGAUGAGAGUUAUACUUUGACUAUUCCCGUCAAUGGCAAGGCUGUCAUCCAGGCUGAGACUAUCUACGGCGCCCUCCAUGGUCUUGAGACUCUCUCUCAGCUUAUCCAGUACUUCCCCGAGCGCCGCUCUUACUAUAUCCCCAAUGUUCCUUGGAAGAUCUCUGACUUUCCCAAGUACAAGCACCGUGGUAUUUUGCUCGAUACCUCUCGUCACUACUAUACCGUCCAAGAGAUCGAGAAGAUCAUCGAUACCCUGUCCUGGAACAAGCUCAACGUUUUCCAUUGGCACAUGCUUGACUCGACCUCGUUUCCUUACGUUUCCAAGAAGUACCCCGAGCUUGCUGCCAAGGGUGCCUACUCGCCGCGCCACGUCUACACGGCCAAGGACAUUAGGCAAAUUGUCCAGUACGCCAAGGAGCGUGGCGUCCGUGUCAUCCCUGAAAUGGAGGCCCCCGGCCACAGCACUGCCUGGGGCUAUGGUAUCCCAGAGAUCGCUUCCUGCCUCAACACUCAGCCUUACUUUGGUUACACGGUCCAGCCUCCUGCCGGCCAGCUCAAUAUUGCCCAUCCUAAGACAAAGGAGGUUGUCUAUGGCUUAAUUGACGAGUGGGCUGAGCUCUUCCCUGACUCAUUCUUCCAUGCCGCGGGCGAUGAGGUCAUCAUGCAGUGCUGGUCCAACGACACGUACAUUACUGACUAUUUGAAAAAGAACAACCAGACACUGAUGGAGCUCUUUGAAGAGUUUGUUCUCGACAUGGAGGACCACGUCCGCCAGAAAAACAAGACGGUCAUGGUCUGGCAAGAGAUGCUGCUCGAGUACCAUUUUAACCUGCCCAAGGAUACCGUCAUUCAAGUCUGGAUCGGCUCUGAGGGUGUUAAGGAGGUCACCGAGAAGGGCUACAAGACAAUCGUUUCAGCUCAGAACUUCUGGUAUCUAGACCUUGGAUUCGGUCGUCCUCGCUCCAACCCAUAUCCUGAGGUGCAGGGCGCUGGCUUUAAUCACUGGAAUCGUGUCUACUCGUAUGAUAUGCGCGCCAACCUGACCAAGGAAGAGGCCGACUUGAUCCUGGGUGCCGAGGCCACCAUGUGGGGUGAGCUUGCAGAUCCCAAUAAUAUCGAGGACCGUCUGUGGCCCCGUGCUGCUGCUUUUGCCGAGCGUCUGUGGUCCGGCUAUGAGAAUCUAAAAGGAGAGUCCCUCAUCAGCGCUGAUGCCAUCCUCCGCCUGCUGCCUUGGCGUGAGCGCUUGGUCCUCCGUGGCGUCCGUGCUGGCCCUCUGAAUCAGGGUUUCUGUACACGCAACCCUCUGGACUGCUUCCAACCUCCUAAUCCUAACAAGUAACUAUCUCCAAUACAAUGUGGGAGAAGGGCAGCAAUAUUCUUCCUGUUGAUGACGGAGAGUUUAUGAAGAAGCAUCAUUCAUUUAGAGAUCGAAGGCUAAAAACUUCAUUCUUGGGCACUGCAAGGUAGAGAUGAAAUCCGUGUGCGUGCCUCGUGGAGAGUCUUCAUGUAAUAUUUAGC